AUGCCAGCAGUUGCCGAACGCCCCCACGUCCUCGAAGCCUACGAGGCCUUUCUCGAAUCCUGCCCGGCGCCGCCGCACUUGGCUGAGCUGCGUCGCGAAGGUCGGCAAGAGUUCGAGCGCUUGGGCUUCCCCAGCACCCGUCAGGAAGAAUGGCUCAAUACCAACGUCGCGCCGAUCGCUCGUGCACAGUUCGUGCUGUCGGCAGGCGAUCUCCAGGGGCUGACCCGGGCCAAGUUGCGGCCCUUCUUGGUGCCGGACUGUAUCGAGCUGGUUUUCGUUGGUGGCCGGCUGUCAGACGAGCUCUCGAAUCUGGGCGAGCUGCCGUCGGGGGUCUUUGCAGGCAGCAUGGCUCGCGCUCUCGACGAGUGCCCCGAGCGGGUUCUCGAGCAUCUUGGUAGCCAAGUCGACCUGAGCAAGCAUCCAUUCGCGGCACUCAACACCGCCUUCCUGGCCGACGGCGCUUUCAUCGACGUGCCACGUGGCGUUGUCGUCGAACGGCCGAUCCACUGCUUGUUCGUUUCCGCCACCGGUGGAGAGGCGCUGGUCAGCUAUCCGCGUAAUCUGUUCGUAGCUGGCGAGCACAGCCAGGUGACCGUCAUCGAGACUUAUGGCGGUAUCACCGGUGAUCGCUACUUCACCUGUCCGGUUACCGAGAUCAUCUGUGGUCCGCGCUCGGUGGUGGACCACUACAAGCUCGAGCAGGAGUCCGUCGACGCCUUCCACGUCGCCUACCAGAAGGUCUAUCUCGAGCGGGAGGCCAACUUCUUCUCGCACUCGAUCUCCCACGGCGGCGCCCUGGUGCGCAACGACAUCCAGGCGAUGCUCGACGCCGAGGGCAUCGAGUGCACUCUGAAUGGCCUUUACCUGACCCGCGGCAAGCAGCACGUCGACAAUCAGAUGCGGGUCGACCACGCCAAGCCCAACUGCAAUAGCUACGAGCUCUACAAGGGCGUGCUCGAAGGGCAGUCGAAGGCGGUCUUCAACGGCCGCAUCUUCGUCCAUGAGGACGCCCAGAAGACUGACGCCAAGCAGUCGAACCGUAACCUGCUGCUGUCUGAAGGCGCGCUGGUGCAAUCUAAUCCGCAGCUCGAGAUCUUUGCCGACGACGUGCGCUGCACCCAUGGUUCGACCACCGGUGAGCUCGACGACGAAGCGGUCUUUUACCUGCGCUCGCGGGGCAUCAGCGAAGAAGCCGCCAAGAGCCUGUUGACCUAUGCCUUCGCCGCCGAAGUGCUCGGCGAGAUUCGCCUCGAGAGCAUCCGCCACGAUCUCGAAGAGUUCCUCUUCACUCGCCUACCCAAGGGCGACGUGGUGCGUCAGGCGGUUUGA